UUUCUGAUGCCAGGAUGUAUGAAAGUCGUGACGGUGACAGUUCGUAUUACCCCCCAGGGAAGCUGAUGGACCUGACCAACUCCAACGAGAAGUUUCUCCCGACUGUCUUGCCCCAUCAGGAGGUACCACCGCCCUACGGGUACUACCACAAAGAACCGCCAUUCUUCUACGAGGACCCCAGCUACGAGGAGCGACACGAUUUUGUGACCCCCUACAUCAAAGUGGAGACCGACGAGGAGGCCCCCGUGCUCAAAUCGCGCUCUUUUGGUCGCAAACGAAAGAGCAUCUCCUCCGACGAGGAAAACUCCUUCCAGGGGAAACCCAAGUCACGGAGGAAAGCCCCCCAGAGCUUCGAGGAUAUCCAACACCAGAGGGUCAUGGCGAACGUGCGGGAGCGCCAACGGACGCAGAGCUUGAACGAGGCCUUCGCCUCCUUGAGGAAGAGCAUCCCGACCAUGCCGUCGGACAAGCUCUCCAAAAUUCAGACUCUCAAGCUGGCGGCCAGGUAUAUCGACUUUCUCUACCACGUCCUCUCCAACGAGAAUGCCCUGGACGUGGACCUCAUCGGCAACGUGUGUUCCUACGUCGUCCGGGACAAACUCCUCAAGGCCUUCACCAGGUGGCGGAUGGAGGGUGAUUGGAGCGACUGUAACUCGCAGUGAUUGUGGGGGUGGCCUAUUGACGUAGUGCGCGUUUUUGCUCGGAAGGAUAAAAAAUGAUAACAUGAUAUGAUGAGAACGAUUCGGUACAGCUGUUGCCGUUUUUUGCGGACAAAAAAUUAACGACGGGUUGAAUUUCGGUGGAAAAGUUUCAAAUGGAGGACGUUUAUUCCAAAGUUACUGGUUUUUUAGAUUUUAGGUAAAGUAGAAAGCCGCAAGUAUUGUAAGUUUUGUACCAAAUUUAUUAUAGUGUAUUUAUUUUUGUUGAAAUAAAAUAUUUUUUAUA